AUGUCCUCAAGACCUAUCACUCCUGUUUCACCCGUCCAAAGCGCUCACCCCGAUGCUUCGAUACAUUCCAUCGCGCGAGCACCGAGUGCUAGACUAUCUUCUCGACCCGUAUCCUAUGCCGGCACCCAGCGCACUGACACCGUCUCGCAUCCAAACCACUCUCAAGCCGGUUUACUGCAGGAUCCAGACGCCGUAGCGCAAGCCGCCGAUCUGCAUGAUGAAGUCGUCCAGCAAAACCAGGAGUCUCCGGAGCUCCCUCGGACCGAUUCGCAUAUGUCAGGGUCGCAGACUCUCUUGCCAUCGAGAGGCGGGACAUUGAAGAAGAAGGCUUCUCUUCACAAGAGCGCAAGUCUGAAAAGGACUGCUAGCAAAAGAAGCAGCUAUGCUGGUUCCGUGCGAAGCCUGCCAGUGGCCGAAAAGGAGAAGUACACCGAAACCGAAGAGAGCAACAGUGUUUUCUACUGUCCAGUCCCGACUACCGGAAAUCCUACAGAGCUCCUGGCAGCGCGAUUUCAAGCAUGGCGUAAGGUCCUCAAGGAUUUGAUCAAUUACUUCCGCGAACUGCACAAGACGUACGAGACACGGGCAAAGGCGCUCAUGUCGACCUCCAACGUCAUCAACAACAGCACUAUACCUUCCAACUUCUUGACAUCUGGUGGUAUCGGCGAUGCCGCAUACAUUCUUCGAGACUUUCACAAACAAGGACUUAACGAAGCCAACAAGGCUCGAGACCUCGAGAACGAGGUCAUUAUACAACUCACGGGUCUGCGUAGUGAUCUUCAACAGAAGAUUAAGGAGAUCAAAAGCUUGUCUGGUGACUUUAAGAAUUCAGUAGACAAGGAAAAGGAAGCUAGCAAAAGGGCGAUCCAGUCCCUCCAGGAGUCGCUGGGUAUGGUUGAUCACGACGCAACAACGACCGGAGGAAAGGGUGACCCUUUCCUGGUCAAGAUGGCCGUCGACAAGCAGAUCGAGAAACAGAUUGAUGAAGAGAACUAUUUGCAUCGGGCCUAUCUCAACCUCGAAGCGUCUGGCCGAGAGCUGGAAUCUAUCGUGGUCGGCGAAAUCCAGAAAGCGUACAAUGUGCUUGCAGGCAUCCUGCGCCGCGAAGCCGACGACGCCUAUGACACAGCUGAGAAGCUUAAGGACGGACCUUUGUCCAUGGUCAAGGAUCAUGAAUGGGACGAAUUCACCAAGAAUAACAGUCAAAUGGUGGACCCCAGGACCCCGAUUCGACAAGUUUCUCACAUUAUCUAUCCUGGAAAAGACCAUCCCGCAGCUAUCGAAGUGAGGAGCGGAAUGCUCGAGCGGAAGAGCAAAUAUUUAAAGAACUACACUCCUGGAUGGUACGUCCUGUCUCCCACACAUCUCCACGAAUUCAAGUCGGCAGAUCGAAUCGCAUUCCAGUCGCCGGUCAUGUCGUUGUACUUGCCCGAGCAGAAAUUGGGCGCUCAUUCAGAGGGCGAGUCUUCGUCUCAUAAAUUCAUGCUCAAGGGCCGACAGACCGGCUCAAUGCACCGCGGGCACGCUUGGGUAUUUCGAGCUGAAUCCCACGAAACUAUGUUAGCGUGGUUCAACGACAUCAAAGAGCUUACUGAAAAGCGAGGCGAGGAACGCAAUGAGUUUGUUCGCAGGCAGCACGCUCGAUCGCUUUCUGGAAAUAGCGUCAAACCCGCGAGCAUUAUCAGCUCAGAGGGCGAAAUGGAGGACGACGAGGCUGAUCGCGUUGCAUUUUCCGGUGAACAGUCCGUUCGAGGAACAUCUGCUGUUCGCGGGACAUCUGCUGAUGGAGCCGCGACCGCCGCUGCUGCCGCCGCUGGCGCCGGUGGACUCGGUGCGGCUGGGUUGGACGACAUGGAGGACACCAGAUCCGAAGCCGGGUGGCGUCCUCCACAACGACCAGCACCAGGUGGGCGAUUUCCAUCUGACCUCAACGUCCAGCGCGGCUUACAAGCUCCGCUGUCCCCCUCUAGUGGAGAGAGUUCUGACCCAGACCGUGAUGUGAUAGCAGCAGCAGGGGCUCUGCCAGGCAGCGGAGUACCUUUUGCCAAUACCACAGAAAAGCAUACGGAUCUACAAACGGACGCUCACCCAGUCAAUGGCCCGACUUCGCAGAUGAACACGACAAGCCAGUAUGCUCCAGGCCACCAUCCGAAUAUACUCCCCAAUCGUCAACCUAUCUCUCCCCACGAUGACGCGAGCCAGUACGGUGAAUGGAUGGCACCCAUCGCUGCAGGUGCGGGAGGCGCGGCGUUGGCCGCUGGCGCAAUGCAUCAUCAUAACGAGCAUCAGCAGGAGAAGCAGACAGCAACAGCUGCCCAACAAUUAGAUGGCGAAUCAGCAAUACCACGCUAUGGAGAAUCUUCUGCCCCCAUACCCGUGGCAACUGCAGCGCCUGUAGACGCACCGUCUGGGCCGCGGGCAAUGAGCGAAACAACCACAGCGCCGAGCUCGGCCGUGGCAAAUACCGUAUCUUCAGGAACAGAGACGGGAACUUUGUCAACUGUGCCUACAAGCACUGGUCAUGGCGCGACGAGUGACACCAUGUUCGAUGCCAAUGGUGUCUAUACUGGCCCUCGAACCUCCAAGACUGCACCAACGGAUUAUAUCGUCAAGCCGGCGGAUAUCUACAGCAAGCAUAUGACCACCAGAGACUUCCAUGUGCCAGGAGAGUUCCCUGCGACACCAGCUCUCAACGAGGAUUCCAAGAUCUACCACGACGUGGUCCAACAAGAAAGUUAA